CUCUCUCUGUCUCUUACGCAUACAAAAUAAUUAAGAAAAGAUGGCAACUGAUAGUGGUGAUCAAGAAGUGAUCAGCAAUAAGCAAAUUAUAUUCAAAGAUUAUGUCCCUGCUUUCCUGCAAGAAUCAGACAUGUUUUUCUCAACUUCUAACAUCAAACUCAAAGUCCCACCUGCUACUAAAUCUGUUCUUGUCAAGAAUCUCUAUUUAUCUUGCGAUCCCUACAUGAGAAACCGCAUGAGAAACCUUCAAGACUCUUACAUCAGCUCCUUCAAGCCUGGUUCGCCUAUAACUGGGCGUGGAGUGUGUAAAGUGAUUGAUUCAGGGCAUCCGGGUUUCAGUAAAGGUGACUUGGUGUGGGGGAUGACAGGGUGGGAAGAGUACAGUCUCAUUACAGCAACUGAAACAUUGUUUAAAAUUCAUGAUAGAGAUUUGCCACUAUCGUAUUAUCUUGGAAUUCUUGGUAUGCCUGGUUUGACUGCAUAUGCUGGUUUUUACGAGAUAUGCUCCCCUAAGAAAGGAGAGUUUGUCUUUGUUUCGGCAGCUUCUGGUGCAGUUGGUCAGCUAGCAGGGCAGUUUGCAAAGUUAGCAGGUUGCUAUGUUGUUGGAAGUGCUGGAAGCAAAGAUAAGGUUGAUCUAUUGAAGAAUAAAUUCGGGUAUGAUGAGGCUUUCAACUAUAAAGAAGAGCCAGACUUGGAUGCAGCUUUGAAAAGGUACUUUCCUGAAGGCAUCGAUAUAUACUUUGAAAAUGUUGGAGGAAAGAUGCUCGACGCAGUCCUACUUAACAUGAAGCUCCGUGGACGAAUUUCUGUAUGUGGAAUGAUCUCACAAUACAACCUUGAACAGCCUGAAGGUGUGCACAACUUGAUGCAGCUGAUUCCGAAGCGCAUACGCAUGGAGGGAUUUCUGGUGCCUGAUUACUUUCACUUGUACCCAAAAUACGUCGAAAUGGUUCUUCCUUACAUCAAACAAGGGAAAGUUGUUUAUAUAGAAGACGUAUCGGAUGGCCUCGAGAAUGCUCCGGCUGCUCUUAUCAGGCUCUUCACCGGCAGCAAUAUUGGUAAACAAAUAGUUAAAGUUGCUUAUGAAUAACUCAUGUGCUGCUUGCUGUUCUUCUUAUAAAUCAUGAACCACAAUUAUGAUUUGUGGGCUCUGUGCAUAUGAAUUCAAUAAAAAUUGUAAAAUUUAUAUGAAAUGAAUUAUUAAAUAAGUUUAUUUGUAA